CUAGGCAUCCAUACGUAAGUGAGAGUGUACAGCGUGCUGUGGUGCUGUGAAGUGAUAAGAAACUACUGUAGUGAUAAGAGUGCGGUGUGAUAACGAUAACACGUGGUAACGAGAGAUCCGAGGGCUGUCCUACAAGUGUCUCGCUGUACCUGAUCUCCUAGUCUCAACAUGCCGAAGCCAAAGCCACAGGAGGGUGAUGACCCCGAUCCCACCCCUUACCUGUUUGUGUCUCUCGAACAGAAACGUAUCGACCAAUCGAAACCUUACGAUGGCAAGAAGGCUUGCUGGGUCCCUGAUGAAGCUGAAGGCUUCCUCCAGGGCGAGAUUAAGGCUACCAAGGGAGACCUUGUCACCGUUGUACUCCCCAACGGCGAGACCAAGGACUUCAAGAAGGACUUGGUAGGGCAGGUGAACCCACCAAAAUACGAGAAAUGCGAGGAUAUGUCCAACUUGACAUACCUGAAUGACGCGUCCGUCCUGUAUAACCUCAAGCAAAGAUACUAUCAUAAGCUGAUCUACACCUACUCUGGCCUGUUCUGCGUCGCCAUCAACCCCUACAAGAGGUUCCCCGUGUACACAAACAGGUGUGCCAAGAUGUACAGAGGCAAGAGGCGUAACGAAGUCCCACCCCACAUCUUUGCUAUCUCUGACGGAGCCUACGUCAACAUGCUUACCAACAAAGAAAACCAGUCUAUGCUUAUCACAGGAGAGUCUGGUGCGGGAAAGACUGAAAACACGAAGAAGGUAAUCGCGUACUUCGCCACCGUCGGUGCUUCCUCCAAGAAGCCCACGGCUGAGGAGACCAAGAAGGGAACUCUGGAAGAUCAGGUCGUCCAGACUAACCCUGUACUUGAAGCUUUCGGUAACGCUAAGACAGUGCGUAACGACAACUCUUCCCGAUUCGGUAAGUUCAUCCGUAUCCACUUCGGUCCCUCUGGAAAACUGGCCGGAGCUGACAUUGAAACAUAUCUGCUGGAAAAGGCCCGAGUCAUUUCCCAGCAGUCACUAGAGCGGUCCUACCACAUCUUCUACCAGAUCAUGUCCGGCUCAGUACCAGGAGUCAAAGCUUUGUGCUUCCUGUCUGACAACAUCUACGACUACUACAACGUGUCCCAGGGAAAGAUCACCAUUCCGGGUAUGGACGAUGGAGAGGAAUUCCAGCUUACCGACCAAGCCUUCGACGUCCUGGGUUUCACUCAGCAGGAGAAGGACGACAUCUACAAGAUCACUGCCUCUGUCAUGCACAUGGGUGGCAUGAAGUUCAAGCAGAGAGGUCGAGAAGAGCAGGCUGAGGCCGACGGUACUGAGGAAGGUGAGCGUGUGGCCAAACUGUUGGGUGUCGACAGCGGCGACAUGUACAAGAACUUGCUGAAGCCCAGGAUCAAAGUCGGUAACGAGUUUGUCACUCAGGGCAGAAACGUCAAUCAGGUAUCAUACUCCAUUGGUGCCCUGGCCAAGGGUAUUUUCGAUCGUCUGUUCAAGUUUAUGGUGAAGAAGUGUAACGAGACUCUGGACACCAAGCAGAAGAGGCAGCACUUCAUCGGUGUACUGGAUAUUGCCGGGUUUGAAAUUUUCGACUUCAACGGAUUUGAACAACUUUGCAUCAACUUUACCAACGAGAAGCUGCAGCAGUUCUUCAACCACCACAUGUUUGUGCUGGAACAAGAGGAGUACAAGCGGGAGGGUAUUCACUGGGACUUUAUUGACUUUGGGAUGGAUUUGCUGGCUUGCAUCGAGCUGAUUGAGAAGCCCAUGGGUAUCUUGUCUAUCCUUGAGGAAGAGUCUAUGUUCCCCAAGGCCACUGACAAGACCUUUGAGGAAAAGUUAAUGAACAACCACUUGGGCAAGUCUCCCAACUUCCAGAAGCCCAAACCUCCCAAGCCAGGCUGCCCAGCCGGUCACUUCGCCAUCGGUCACUACGCUGGUGUUGUAUCUUACAACAUCUCUGGAUGGCUUGAGAAGAACAAGGACCCUCUGAACGACACCGUGGUCGACCAGUUCAAGAAGGGCAAGAACGCCCUGUUGUGUGAGAUCUUCGCCGACCAUCCUGGACAGUCUGGUGGUGCUGACGCCGGUGGCGGUGGCAAGGGUGGCCGAGGAAAGAAGGGUGGUGGUUUCGCUACCGUAUCUUCAUCUUACAAAGAACAAUUGAACAACCUGAUGACCACUCUGAGGAGCACCCAGCCUCACUUCGUACGUUGUAUCAUUCCCAACGAGUUGAAGCAGCCUGGUGUCAUUGACUCUCAUCUAGUUAUGCACCAGCUCACUUGUAACGGUGUACUUGAAGGUAUCCGUAUCUGUCGUAAGGGAUUCCCCAACAGGAUGGUAUACCCUGACUUCAAGCAACGGUACAAGAUCCUUGCUCCUUCCGUCGUUGACAAGCUUGUCGCUUCUGGAGCAGAAGAGAAAGCAGUGGCAGAAGCUGUUUUAGAGAGUGUUCAGUUGAACCCCGAGAGUUACCGUCUGGGUCACACUAAGGUGUUCUUCCGUGCCGGAGUCUUGGGUCAGAUGGAGGAGUUGCGAGACGACCGUCUGGGCAAGAUCAUGGGAUGGAUGCAGUCCUACAUCAGAGGUUACCUUAGCCGAAAGGAUUUCAAGAAGUUGCAGGAACAGAGGUUGGCCCUGCAGGUGGUACAGCGCAAUCUGCGCAAGUACCUGUCCCUGCGCACCUGGCCCUGGUGGAAGAUGUGGCAGAAGGUCAAGCCUCUUCUCAACGUCCAAAACGUGGAGGAGGAGAUGAGGAAACUCGAGGAGAAGGUGGCCAAGGCCGAGGAGGCGUACAAGAAGGAGGCAAAGGCCCGCAAGGAAGUCGAGACUCUGAACGCCAAGCUACUCGAGGAAAAGACCAACCUGCUCAAGAACUUGGAAGGAGAGAAGGGAGAACUCAGCUCCAUCCAGGAGAGAGCCAACAAGCUCGCUGCCCAGAAGGCUGAUCUGGAGAGUCAGCUUGCGGACACCCAAGACCGACUUCAGCAGGAGGAGGAUGCCAGAAACCAACUGUUCCAGCAGAAGAAGAAGUUGGAACAGGAAGUCGCUGGUCUGAAGAAGGACAUCGAAGACUUGGAACUCGCCGUUCAAAAGUCGGACCAGGACAAGGCCACCAAGGAUCACCAAAUCCGCAACCUCAACGACGAGAUUGCCCACCAGGAUGAGCUCAUUAACAAGCUUAACAAGGAGAAGAAGCUGCAGGGAGAGACCACUCAGAAAACCGCUGAGGAACUGCAGGCUGCUGAGGACAAGAUCAACCAUCUCAACAAGGUUAAGGCUAAACUGGAACAGACCCUGGACGAACUUGAGGACUCCCUGGAACGUGAGAAGAAACUGCGAGGCGAUGUUGAGAAGACCAAGAGGAAGGUUGAGGGUGACCUGAAGUUGACUCAGGAAGCCGUCGCCGACCUGGAACGCAACAAGAAGGAACUGGAACAGACUAUUCAGCGCAAGGACAAGGAAAUCGCUUCUCUCACCGCCAAGCUCGAGGAUGAACAGUCUCUGGUCGGCAAGCUGCAGAAACAGAUCAAGGAACUUCAGGCACGAAUUGAGGAACUGGAAGAAGAAGUCGAGGCUGAACGACAGGCUAGGGCUAAGGCUGAGAAACAACGCGCGGACCUCGCUCGAGAGCUGGAGGAGCUUGGCGAGCGUCUGGAGGAAGCUGGUGGUGCCACCUCAGCUCAGAUCGAGCUCAACAAGAAGCGAGAGGCUGAGAUGAGCAAACUCCGCCGUGACCUGGAGGAAGCCAACAUCCAACACGAGUCCACCCUCGCCAACCUGCGCAAGAAGCACAACGACGCCGUCGCCGAGAUGGGAGAGCAGAUCGACCAGCUCAACAAGCUCAAGGCUAAGGCUGAGCACGACCGAAACUCAGUGCUGAACGAGCUGAACAACACCCGCGCCGCCGUCGACCAACUCACCAGGGAGAAGGCUGCCACAGAGAAGGUCGCCAAGCAGCUGCAACAACAGUUGAACGAGGUCCAGGGCAAGCUAGACGAGACCAACCGAACCCUCAACGACUUCGAUGCCGCCAAGAAGAAGUUGAGCAUCGAGAACUCCGACCUUCUGCGCCAACUGGAGGAGGCCGAGUCUCAAGUAUCUCAGCUCAGCAAGAUCAAGAUCUCCCUCACCACCCAGCUCGAGGACACCAAGAGGCUGGCCGACGAGGAGUCCAGGGAGCGUGCAACUCUCCUUGGAAAGUUCCGCAACCUGGAGCACGACAUCGACAAUCUGCGAGAACAGGUUGAGGAGGAGGCUGAGGGCAAGGGAGACCUCCAGAGACAGCUCAGCAAGGCCAACGCUGAGGCUCAACUGUGGAGAUCCAAGUACGAGAGCGAGGGAGUCGCCCGUGCCGAGGAGUUGGAGGAGGCCAAGCGCAAACUCCAGGCUCGUCUUGCCGAGGCUGAGGAGACCAUCGAGUCACUGAACCAGAAGGUCAUCGCUCUGGAGAAGACCAAGCAGCGUCUGUCUACAGAAGUCGAGGACCUGCAACUCGAGGUUGACCGUGCCACUGCCGUCGCUAACGCGGCCGAGAAGAAGGCUAAGGCUAUUGACAAGAUCAUCGGGGAAUGGAAGCUCAAGGUUGACGACCUUGCUGCUGAACUUGACGCCAGCCAGAAGGAAUGCAGGAACUACUCGACUGAGCUGUUCAGGCUGAAGGGUGCCUACGAGGAGGGCCAGGAACAGCUGGAAGCCGUGCGCCGUGAGAACAAGAACUUGGCUGACGAGGUCAAGGAUCUGCUGGACCAGAUUGGAGAGGGUGGCCGAAACAUUCACGAGAUCGAAAAGGCACGCAAACGUCUGGAAGUAGAGAAGGACGAACUGCAAGCUGCUCUGGAAGAGGCCGAGGCUGCUCUGGAACAGGAAGAGAACAAGGUUCUGCGAUCACAACUGGAACUGUCUCAGGUCAGACAGGAAAUCGACAGGAGAAUCCAGGAGAAGGAAGAGGAAUUCGAGAACACCAGAAAGAACCACCAGCGUGCUCUGGACUCCAUGCAGGCAAGUCUGGAGGCCGAGGCCAAGGGUAAGGCUGAGGCUCUGCGUAUGAAGAAGAAACUAGAGGCUGACAUCAAUGAGCUCGAGAUCGCUCUUGACCACGCCAACAAGGCUAAUGCUGAAGCCCAGAAGAACAUUAAGAGGUACCAGGCUCAGCUGAAGGACGUGCAGACCGCCCUUGAGGAGGAACAACGCGCCAGAGACGACGCCAGAGAACAGUUGGGCAUCAGCGAGAGGCGAGCAAAUGCACUCCAAAACGAGCUGGAAGAGUCUAGAACACUCCUGGAACAGGCAGACCGUGGUCGACGACAGGCCGAGCAGGAGUUGAGCGACGCUCAGGAGCAGCUCAACGAACUGAGCGCCCAGGCAACAUCAGCGUCAGCAGCCAAGAGAAAACUCGAGAGCGAGCUACAGACCCUGCACGCGGACUUGGAUGAACUCCUCAACGAAGCCAAGAACUCCGAGGAGAAGGCGAAGAAGGCGAUGGUGGACGCGGCGAGGUUAGCCGACGAGCUAAGGGCGGAACAGGACCAUGCCCAGACACAAGAGAAGCUGCGCAAGGCGCUUGAAACACAGAUCAAGGAGCUCCAGGUAAGACUAGACGAGGCUGAGAACAACGCACUCAAGGGAGGAAAGAAGGCGAUCGCCAAGCUGGAACAGCGAGUGCGUGAGCUGGAGAAUGAGCUGGACGGCGAACAGAGGCGACACGCCGACGCCCAGAAGAACCUGAGGAAGUCAGAGAGACGCAUCAAGGAACUGAGCUUCCAGGCUGACGAGGACCGCAAGAACCAGGAGCGCAUGCAGGACCUGGUUGACAAACUGCAACAGAAGAUCAAGACCUACAAGAGACAGAUUGAGGAAGCUGAGGAGAUCGCAGCCCUGAACCUGGCCAAGUUCCGCAAGGCACAACAGGAGCUUGAGGAAGCAGAAGAGAGGGCGGACCUUGCCGAACAGGCGAUCGCCAAGUUCAGGACGAAAGGCCGAGCGGGAUCCGCGGGACGAGCGGGAAGCCCAUUGACACACCGACCUCCCCCCAUCAGGCCCAGUAUGUUCGACGGCGCUUCUUUCCCACCAAGAUUCGACUUACAUUCUGAUGGGGACUUUUAAGCGCAUACAAAUUAUUUGUUGAUUUGUUACUGAAUGGAUAUGUAUUUAUUUUGACGAAUGACUUAAGUUAUUUAUGUAAAAUAAUUCCAAUGCUAGCUUCGGCUAGCUAAAACACUUCACGAUGCCAUACACGCAAUAUUAUUAUAUAAUAUAUACAAUGACUUCUUUAACGUUAUUUAAUAAAGAAGUUUAAAUCGUGAUAUUGUAA